GUAUGUCUUACUGUAAAGGCACGAUGUUGUGUCGCCGUUACCUAGCAACGGGUGUCGCGGUGCCGUCGCGACCUCGGCGCCACGCCACUCGAUGCGACGCGGCCGACUGCACACCAGCACUUGUUCACUCGGACAAACCAUUGUGUAGAUAUGGUUAUCGCCUGCUUACCCAACGUGUUGUAUUCACAUUAGCACUAACAUUGCUUCAAAUGGGGCUGUUGGAUCGCGUGUCGGGCUGGCUGAGUGGCGCGCGACGUCGGGCCACCGUGCUGGUGUUGGGCCUCGACAACAGCGGCAAGAGUUCGCUGCUGCGUGCGCUGCGGCCGCAUGACUCGCCGGCAGCGCAUGGAGACCACUUCGCCAGCGGCGGUGUGACGUUUGAGGCGCACGAGGCGCCAGGGGCGGCGCGGUUGCGCGCGCUCUGGGAGCGCCACUUCUCGCGCGCCGACGCCAUCAUCUUCGUGGUAGACGCGGCAGACCACCUGCGCUUAGUGGUAGCGCGAGAGGAGCUGCAGCUGGCGCUGGCGCACCCUGAGCUGCGCGCGCGCCGUUUGCCGCUGCUCGUGUUGGCCAACAAGAGCGACGCGCCGCACGCGCUCUCCACCGCGCACGUCGCCGCCGCGCUGGGGCUGGAGCGCGUGACGGACAAGCCGUGGCAUGUGUGUAGCAGCAGCGCUGUGUGCGCUGGGGGCGCCGGGCUGGCCGACGGCGUCAGCUGGCUGGCGCGCCAGCUGCGCGAAGCCGCAGAGCAAGGCCACUAGCGCGACCUCACAGCGACGAGCCGGUAGAUACAAUCUAAGCACAAUUUUGUGUCCAUAGUAUAUAUAAUACAUACAUCAAUGUCAGAAUUCUAACAAUAACAAUAACAAAAUACAGUUACUUAUAAUACUUGAGUAAAUAUAAUUUAUUUACGAGCAGGUUUUGAGAAUUUGUAUUAGAUGUUCAGACAAACACGUGAAACAAUCUGUCUUGACUUUGUUUCUUAACAUAACUGAUUACCUCGUUACCUGCUUUUGUUAUUAAUCAAGGUCUGCUUGGAACAGGCGCAACAAUAUUUCACGUUACAACACAACAUUGUUAAUGUGAGGAGCGUGAGGAGAUGCUCUUAGGAUUCAACUGUGUGGGUUCCAAUAUUAUCGAAGACAUUUUGUAAUCACGUCUAGUGAGAAGAUUUGGAGACCAAACAUUUUCAAAUCACUACUUAAUGUUGUUUGUUUGAAAGAGUUUAGGAAAUCUAUGGUAUUGGAAAAUAUAAUGCCCUAUACAUGAAUCGUAGUGAGAGUGAAGUUCUUUAUAUUAUUAAUUAAUUAAAUAAAUAUUUUACAAACUGUAACAGCGUAAUAAAAAUGUUUGCAUUUAUAUUUGUAUACAGCUCAUCACCGCAGGACUAAUUGUAAUAACUUUACUAUCACUUAAACAUUAAUGCUGUUGUAACAAUACUUGGAUUAUUUUCAAUAACAUUAAAUAACAUAAAAUAAAUAAAUCAUGUUAACAC